CAGUCUGUGGCACCCACCGGGUAACCUAUAGGCUAUAAAUAGGAGGUCGUAGUCGGCCUUCGCAAUCUCUCUCGUGUCCUGCUUGUAAGAAUAUCUCCCAACAAUGAAGCUGUGCGCCGUGGUCGUGGGCCUCUGCUGCCUCGCCCUUGCUCCGGCGGGGACCCAGGCCUCCAGCGUGAAGGAGCGGGUGAAGAGGGACGGAGGCGUCAUCACUGCUGCUUUGAUCGCCGCCGGGGCCCAGGCUGUAACGGCCGGCGCUGGCGGGGGCAGCUCCGACACGUGGGAGCUGCCUUCAGGAGUCCGGGUCAACCCCAAUAACUGCUGGCAAGAUGGCUCUGGUCCCUGUCCCAACGGCAACUGCCUGGAUAAGGGGCGUCAAGGCACCAUCAUUAAGGAGACGACGGUGUCCUGUCAGUGGUUCUGUGUCUGGAGGAGCCAUUGUAAGACCCAGAUCUGCUGCAAUUAAAUUUCUCGUGUUGUGGAUCAUGCGUACGAGCUUCCCAUAAUACAUUUUAGGUAAAAAUACCUUAUAAAUGAGACAAGCUAACAAUGUAUGUGUGUGUGUGUGUGUGUGUGUGUGCGUGUGUAUGCGUGUGUGCAUGUGCGUGUGGGGUUGUGCAUCAACACACGCACUCUAAGCAAUAAGAUAAUACCAUAUAGAAUGUCGUUUACAUUUAUUCCUAUUCCUGUGUCUUGGGAUUACAUUUUGUCUCUAUGUGUACAUAUCUAUAUCUAUCUAUCUAUCUAUCUAUCUAUAUAUAUAUAUGUAUAUAUAUAUGUAUAUAUAUGUAUUCUGUGAUAGGUUUCGUUUCGGAGGUGAACAUUAGACCUCCAUCAUCAGUAAAACUGUGAAAAAGUCAGUUGGACAAUUAAGAAUAUGGAUUUAUAGGUUCUGUACAAUUUGCAAAAGCGUAAAAAUAGCUAAGAACAUUAUAUACAAAGGCAUAAUGAAAUCAUAAAAAGAACGAUAUACUUUGAAAAAUAACAUAUGCAAGAGAAAACUUUAAACAACUAAAACAGGUAAACUAACCAAAAGUGGGUGUUGGUGAGAGGGAAGGACUUUUGGGUGAAUAAGGUUGUUGCAGUGGUUGUGUUGUUCAGUUCUGGUUUCAUCUUCUGUAUGAUGAUAAAGUUUAUGCCUUCGAAACGUCUAUAAUAAAGAUGAAAUUCUUUACAA